AUGGAGUCAUUGAAUAAAUUGUUGCUGGUAAACAAGAUAUCUUUAACUUGCUUUCUACAAUCUGAUAAUAAUCCUUCAUUUCAGUGUGCCCAAGUCGCUACAAAUGUAGUUGAACAGAAGCACCAGGUGUCAAGAGCUAAGAGGAGCAAAGCUCUUGGAAGCCGUGCCUUCAGAGGCAGCACGAUUUGGUUCACAGGACUCAGCGGCGCCGGCAAGACUAGUAUAGCGUUUGCACUUGAAGCCUAUCUCGUUUCUAAAGGUAUACCAGCUUAUGGUUUAGACGGAGACAACAUCAGGACCGGUCUCAAUAAGAAUCUUGGCUUCUCCAAGGAAGACAGGGAAGAGAAUAUCCGUAGAGUAGCAGAAGUUGCAAAACUCUUCGCUGACAGCGGCGUCGUUUGCUUGUGCAGUUUCGUAUCACCCUUUGCUGAGGAUAGAGAGGUAGCGCGUCGUAUUCACACUGAUUCCGAGUUGCCGUUCUUCGAAGUUUUCAUAGAUACGCCUUUGGAAGUCUGCGAACAGAGAGAUACUAAGGGCCUGUAUAAGAAAGCUAGGGAGGGACAGAUUAAGGGUUUCACUGGAAUAACUCAAGAGUAUGAACGACCCGAAGCUCCAGAACUCGUCAUUCAAACAGUGGGACGCUCCAUCGAAGAAUCCACCAUAGAAGUAGUACGGCUACUCGAAUCACAGGGUAUUAUACCACGCUACAAUGAAAAUGACUCGGGUGUUGAAGAACUCUUUAUUUACGGAAACAGACUUAGCAGCGCUAAAGAAGAGGCGGCCAGGUUGCCGCAAAUUGAACUCUCGUUUUUGGAUUUGCAAUGGGUUCAGGUGUUAUCUGAAGGUUGGGCCUACCCUCUUAAAGGUUUUAUGAGGGAAACCGAAUAUUUGCAAGCCCUACAUUCCAACUGCUUCACCCUACCCGAUGGGACACUAGUGAACCAAUCUGUACCAAUAGUGUUACCAGUGUCCACGACCACUAAGGAGCGGCUCACUGGUUCAACGGCUAUCGCGUUGGCCCAUGAUGGCCGAACUAUCGCCAUUAUGAGAAACCCCGAAUUCUACCCUCAUAGAAAACAGGAGAGAUGCUGUCGCCAAUUCGGUAUAUAUAACACCGGACAUCCGUAUAUAAAGAUGAUCGAAGAGUCUGGAGACUGGUUAGUAGGCGGGAACUUGGAAGUGUUCGAACGUAUUCAGUGGAACGACGGUCUAGACUCAUACAGACUGACGCCCAACGAACUCAGGCAGAAGUUCAAGGAAAUGGAGGCUGAUGCUGUGUUCGCGUUCCAGCUUCGCAACCCUAUCCACAACGGCCACGCCCUCCUGAUGCAAGACACUCAAAAACAACUCAUCGAGAGGGGAUACAAGAAACCUGUACUGCUACUACAUCCUCUUGGCGGCUGGACCAAAGACGAUGAUGUUCCUCUAUCGGUGCGCGUCAUACAACACAAGGCGGUGUUGAACGAGCGAGUGUUGGACCCUGAACAUACAGUAUUGGCGAUCUUUCCAUCUCCAAUGAUGUACGCUGGACCAACGGAGGUUCAAUGGCAUGCCAAGUGUCGUAUGAACGCCGGCGCUAACCACUAUAUAGUGGGUCGUGACCCCGCUGGAUUACCGCACCCCAACGGCGGCGGGGACCUCUACGACCCCCGACAUGGCGCUAUCGUACUGGCAGCAGCACCCGGACUUGAUGAUCUUGAGAUCAUACCAUUCCGAGUAGCAGCGUAUGAUUCCUCGGUCGGUAAGAUGGCAUUCUUCGACCCCACUCGUAAGGAAGACUUCGACUUCAUAUCUGGCACAAGGAUGAGAGGUCUCGCUAAAGCUGGUAAGGAGCCACCAAAAGGUUUCAUGGCUCCCAGCGCCUGGAAGGUCCUCUCCGAAUAUUACCAGUCACUCAAAUCAAAAAUGGAAACCAAUUAA